GUUAUUAGAAUCGAGUAAUUUUUUCAUCAUGCAAAGUGCUCUGUUUAUUGGACUGACCCUCCUACUGGGAGGAUCAGUUUUCGCAAAUUUGUUCAACACAUCCGUUUACGAUGGAUUCCACCGACCGGACAGGAACAACACACAAAACAAUACCCAGAGCAGAUGUACAGGACAGGCCGAUGGUACUCUAUUUCCCUCUUUGAACAACUGUUCCUUCUUCGUAAGUUGCCUGAAUAGUACCGAAGUUGAAUUGGAAUGCAGACCAUCUGGAACACUCUUCGAUUACGAGCGUCAAGUUUGUGAUUAUGAAGAAUUUGUAACUUGCUUCAGUCCGGAUCGGUGUGCCGCCGAACCAGAUGGUCUGAUCCCAUCUGAGGACUGCAGCAAAUUCCACAUUUGCCGAGGUGGAGCAAAGGUCGAAGAAGUAACCUGUGUGCCGUCGGGAACUCUGUUCGAUUACAUUCGAGGAGUUUGUGACCACCCAUCUAACGUUGUUUGUUGGGGAUCGUCUCAAAACCUGUGUGAAGGAAAACCUGACGGAGCCCCAGUGCCAGAUAAGGAUUGUUCAUAUUUUUCGGAAUGCCUCAAUGGAGAAGCUGGAGAACCCAUUCGCUGCCAACCAGAGGGAACGGUCUUUGACUAUCAGCGAGAGGUUUGUGAUUUUGUUGGAGAAGAUGUUUGCUGGACUGGUGGAAACAUUGGUGGUGGUAACUCGACAACUGAAGCUCCAGGCACAACCGUUGCCCCGACACGUCCUCCAUCUCCCGAACUGCCUCCUGGCACCUGUAACGGCAUCCAAGUUGGAUCGCUGCCAUAUCCCAACGAUUGCACCAUGUUUAUCGCCUGCAUUCUGGGCCAACCCCUCCUUCAACCUUGUCCACCUGGACAAAUUUACAUCGAAAGCAUCGCACAGUGUGGCAAAGGAGAUAUCAAUACCUGCGAGGCUGAUCCCCGUUGGCUGGAAGAGUUCUACAAACAGCAAGGCCGGUAUCCGGUAAUCAACAACUACUGAGCAGAGGACAGCCUUUUGCUUUUUAUUAGAACAGAUUAACUUAGAGCUAUUGUUCUCUUUUUCUUAAGUGCUGUGUUCUGUUGAUAACAGUAUUCAAAUAAAUCAUUGUCGAAAAAGUUAAAACUCAUUUUAGAAUAAAAUUAUUGUAUAAGUAACC